AUGUUGACGAGUAUCAAGAAAAUUGUGGUCUACCUCAGCGUUACUUGUGUACUCCUUAUUGUGGUGGAGGAGUGCUUCUACAGAACCCACACAGGCAGCACCAGACCUCACUUAAGCCACCUGGAAAGUUCUAGAUCUCUCACAUAUACCCAGCUUCUCAGAAACUCAACUUCACUUGAAACCUCAUCUCCUCCUGUCACCUAUAAUAUAGACAGACAGACAGCAGACGUUAUAACAGACGAUGAAGAGUUUAGCGAUGCACGGGAAAAGUCUCCGGCAAGACUUCCUAUUUCUGUCCAAAGAAAUAAUAGUUUCAAAAUCAAGAAUCCACGUCCUGAAGUAGGUGAGACGAGGGACAACACAGCCAGAAACAAGACAGUUACCAGUCCAGCAGUUGACCUACUUGAGACAGAGCUUGAGGAAGAACGCAGACUCCGACAGUCGCCAUUUAUUCGUUUCCAGGAUUUUACUGAAAACACAAGCUCGUCCUCCGAUGUAUCGACAUCCGUGAAGCUGAUCUCCUAUUUCCGGCCAGAUGAUUCCACGACGUUUCUGCCAAAAAGCUUCAGCAUAUGUCAGUACAAGUGUCGUUAUGUGAGAAACAUGUCGCGGGCCGACGCUGUCUUGUUCCAGGCGUCUUUGAUCCGAGACAACGUCAUCCCUGAUUUCUACAGACCCCCUGGUCAAAGGUGGGUCUUUUUCACAAGCGACCCAGCAAUCAAACAAUAUGAAUUGGAGAGGCCAGAUGUUAAGUCGCAGUUUAACUGGACUGUAACUUAUCAGCUGGACUCGGAUUUUCCGUCACCAUUUGGUUAUCUACAAAAGCGAAAACCACCAGUACGGAAUUAUGACACUGUGUUUGACAGAAAGAACAAGAUGGCAGCCUGGUUCGUCAGCCACUGUUCCACCUGGGGUAAGAGAGAGCUCUAUGUGCAGAGAAUGCGUAAAAUCAUCCAGGUGGACAUAUUUGGACAAUGUGGAAACUUGUCAUGCGGCCCCAUCCACUACCGAAUGAAUGACAGCACGCAGUGUUUGCCCAUGCUGACUCAACAAUACAAAUUUUACCUGGCCUUUGAGAAUUCUUUCUGUAAAGAUUACGUCUCUGAGAAGUUUUUCAAGCUGUUUGAUAACGUGGAUGUGGUGCCGGUAGUUCGAGGCGGCUUUGACUACAAGAAGUACCUCCCUUCGGGAAUCUUUGUUGACGCCUCAGAUUUUAAGUCACCCGAAGCUUUAGCUCACCACCUGCUACAACUGGCCAGGGACAAAGAGAAGUAUGUGGCCAUGCUGAAGAAGAAAAGCCAGUAA